GAGGAGAUCGCCUUAGGGGUCUGUUGGUAUAACACUUGGAUGAGUUUAUACUGUACAGCAUUCCUGUACACCACAUUCUCCUAGCGCGUGGAUGCGAGUUUGUGGAAACUUCGUCCACAGAGGCUUAUAUAGUUUCAAUUCCUGGAGUCUAUUGCCGACAUUGACAGGCGAAGAAUUCCUGUGAAGGCGAUUGCAGAGCUGUCGAUUUUGUGGAUAUAUUUGUGACCAGUUCCUAGCGCUGAAUGAAGCUAGCCUUCAUCGUUCCCUAUCUCCGUAAAAGGCAAACAAGUUCAGACUUGGGAAGAAAAGUUCGGACGUCCCCUUCUUGACAGUCUUUGACCCGACUUGUAAGUGACGGUGGUGGUUUUCGAGAAUAGCGUUCGUCUUUCGGCCUCUCCAGGCGUGUAUUACAGCGGCAUAUAUUUGUCCUCGUUCGCUUUUGGACUACAGAGACCAACGCAACCUUAUUCCCCUUCCCGCGGAAUUAGCUUUCCCGAACCUCCUCAUGACGACUUCACCCAAUGGCCCAGGGUCCAACUCUGCCUUGCCUGUUCUUAACGAUGCAACUUCCAAAAGUCUGUCGCCAACUGAUCGGUCCAUUAACGACGCCCCUCUAGAGCGACGCUCAUCGCAUACGAACUCAAUUCAAGGGUCCUCUGACAAUACCGAACGGCCAAAGAAAAAGCGAUCUUUUCUUCGCGUCCCCUCGCGAUCAUCUUCCAAUGCAAAACAACGAGGGCAGCUUACCGCUCAAGAAAGGCAACAAGACGGCACCGAAAGCAAUACUGGAAGUAAAAAACGGGCUGGAAGUAUGGCAAGCAGCAAGCGAUCCAGGCACACCGACGCCCCUACUGCUACAGACACCAAUCCUAAGGUGUCCACAACCGAUGCGGAUGAUCAGCCUAAGGAAAGGUUGGCAAAAGGGCCACCGAAGUUGUUUUCAUUCCUCAGUUGCUGUGGCGGCGCGUCGAACGAAGAUCAGGAAGACCCUGGAAUCCCCCCAAAAAGAUCCGUAAAGCCACAGUCGUCGCACGGCAGGCAGCCAACGCCAGUCGAGAAGACAGAACCCAGCGCUGCAGAUUCGAGCACAUCGGAUUCUAGAGAACCGGCAUCUUUUGAUGAAAAGUUUGCGCUGAAAGCGAAUGCGGACCGGAAGGAUUCUCACAUUAACGAUGAUGUGCCGGUAGCGCCCGCGGAAACUCCUCCGGAUAGCGUGGUCAAAAGGGAUCUUUUUGAUAAAGAUUUAAACACCCUUGCCCCAUCCAACUCAGGAUCUGGCUCUGGCUCAGCUUCGGGUUCCAGGAGUUAUACAGAUCGAGAUUCUGAUUUACCGCCAAUUCCUGUAUCGGAGAAACUGACCCCGUCAAACACACCCAGCGCUUCGGGUGAGCAAACACCGGCCACGGACGCGGUCUCAAAACAACCCAAUGGCGAUCAAGAUGUCUCCAUGCAAAAUUCGCAGUCCGCAGAAAGUUACAUAGACGAAGAUGUGGAUACUCCGCUCCAAGACAGAACCGGGCAGCAAGCGAUGAUUCCCCCUCCACCCCCGUUAGAUCAUAAUGCAGAAUCGUCAAACAAGUACAUCCCAUCUGUUCCUCCCCUUCAACCAGAGAACCAGCAAUGGUUAUUACCUCCCGUUGAACCACACCUUCAGAGCCGCAAGUGCCUUGUCCUUGACCUUGACGAAACACUUGUCCACAGCAGUUUCAAAGUUCUUGAGAAAGCUGAUUUCACCAUUCCAGUGGAAAUCGAGGGGCAAUAUCAUAAUAUCUAUGUAAUCAAGCGUCCCGGCGUUGAUCAGUUUAUGAAACGAGUGGGAGAACUCUACGAAGUUGUCGUUUUUACAGCGUCUGUAUCAAAGUAUGGCGAUCCUCUAUUAGACCAGCUAGAUAUCCAUAAAGUCAUUCAUCAUCGGUUAUUUAGAGACAGCUGUUAUAAUCAUCAGGGAAACUAUGUUAAAGAUCUUUCUCAAGUUGGCCGUGACCUCCGAGAUACCAUCAUCAUCGACAAUUCUCCAACAUCUUACGUUUUCCAUCCUCAGCAUGCGAUUCCAAUUAGUAGUUGGUUUUCGGAUGCACACGAUAACGAACUGUUAGAUCUUAUUCCCGUCCUCGAGGAUUUAGCCAGUUCUCAAGUUCGGGAUGUAAGUCUUGUUUUGAAUGUGGCGUUAUAGCGACCGCGUGGACGUGGUCUUUGACAGCUUGCCUGUUCGCUAUUUAUAUCACGACUUGCCAGAUGUUUUCUGCAAUAUUUCCACAUUUUUCCACGGAGUAUCAGGAGAUAUGUUCUCUUGGCCUGGAAAUAUGUCACGCCAAGCGCAAAGAUCAUGGUUCGUGCCUGCAUGUGUUGCACUGCUCCUCUCAUAUUGCUAAGGACGGCUCCGAAUGCUGCAGAAAUGAGAAAAAAAAAACCACGAAAUACCUUAGCUCGACCACAGCAUUCAAAGGAAGAGUGGGCAAUAACAUGCAUUUCUAUUUUUGCUUGGCACCGGCUCCACCAUCUCCCAUCCGGCCGGAUUGUAUCCUAGGGCUGUCCCUUUUUCUCCCCUUUCGUAAUCAUCCCCCAUUUCACCGCCUCUAUACAGCUUUGAUUGCAAACCCUUGAACGGGCCCAAUCAUUUCCUCCAAGUGAGCGUUUUAUUUUCCCUUCAAGCAUUUCCUUGCCGUUGCAUCAACCAGGCGUUUUGUCUGCUCCAUAUCCGCAGAUCAUAAAAAAAAAGAAAAUGUCCUUGCUGAGUAUAUGUGUCCAUUCCCAUGCUUGUUUUUGCCCAAGUGGCUUUUCACACACAACACAUACCCAUACACACUGCUACCAUGCAUCUGCUUUCCUAUGUCUCUAUCCCAUCAUCCCAUAUGUUAUCAUUCUCCUUUGUCCUUGUAUUUUCAAUGAUCCGGUCCUCGUAUCACAUAUCUCCACUGUGUUUCCGUAUUUGAAGCAGCGAUUUUGCUAUUGUUUCCUUUUGAAAGAUAUCACACAAAGCAACUGAUUUGCGGGUCGUUAUUUAUUCGUAAUACUUUCUCUUCCUAUUUUCCUUCUGAUAUUUCCCCUGUCAUUCCCAUUUCCUUUUGAUUUAACAUCUAUUGCUAUUGCCAUAUUGUUUAUUAUCACUUGCAGGUCAAAAUUCUGCUGUUACAUUAUUUCUGCCCCUUUUUUUCUGG